UCCAGAAACUUCGUUAGCAAACCACACGAAUGAAGCCUCAUCAGUACAGGACAGAAAUAAUAAUAACGGGGCGCGCCGAUACAUACAUGAUUGAUGAUACAUAUACUGAUACGUAUCAGAGGACCGACCCACAUGGCUGGUGCAGAGGUUUAUCCUCAAGAGAAGCAAAUCUAAAGUUUGAAUCAAGAAAGGGCCUCCCACACCGUUGUCCUGUGUCUCAAGCUCCAACAGUAACAUGAUGAUGUGGGACGAGUGGGACGAUUCUCAAACCCAACCACAACAACAACAACAGCCAGACCAGGAUUCUUGCUUUAAUUUCGAUCUCCUUUCGCUUCUCUCUAGACCCAAGGAUUAUUAUAAAAUACUUGAAGUUGAUUAUGAUGCUACGGAUGAUGCUAUUCGAUCGAACUAUAUACGCCUAGCACUGAAAUGGCAUCCCGAUAAGCAAAAAGACGAGGAUAGUGCCACUUCGAGAUUUCAAGAGAUAAACGAGGCUUACCAGGUUUUAAGUGAUCCUGUCAGAAGGAGAGAAUAUGACAAGAAGGGGAUGAUGCACAUCUAUGAUUACGACAUAAGCGAGUACCUCAACCGGUACAAGGGCCUUAUAUUAACAUGUAAUGGUCUUGGGAUCAGGCAUUCAAUUUUAUAAGCAGAAAGAGAGUGCGUGUACAUUUGCCACUAAUCUUCGUACCUGGUGAUUCAAACGAUUAGAACAGCUAGGAAUUGGGAGCAGCACGGUUUGGAUGUAUUAUGGAAUCUAAUUCGUGCGUCAGUGUAUAUAUGGGUAGAGCAGUAUCCCUGCAUAAGUGUUACGUUAUGGCUGUUUAUUUUUCUGAUAUCGUUGCUUAAUUGAUGAAAUGUUUUAAUUUGCCAUGAUGAAAUACGUUUUUCUGUGUCUUGAAGACAUCUAAUGGGCCCUGAGCUGUGCAGGAGGUUGAAACUCUACCCUUUAACAAAUCUCUACCGUUCUUGGCCUUUACUGAAUUGGAUCCUGAUCGCUUGUAAUGCCAUUACAUUUCAUGAGAUGAUGAGUUGACGGGAUUGGAUUGA